AUGACCGAGACGCAGAAGCGGCGAGCGCUCGUGCAGUUUUCUGCCCUCUGCUACUUUCUUUUCGUGGAGGGCUGGAAUGAUGGAUCAAGUGGGCCCUUGUUACCGCGCAUCCAGAAGGUCUAUAACGUGGAUUACACGAUUGUUUCGCUGAUCUUCGUUUUCGCGUGUGUGGGCUUCAUAUCCGGCGCUAUCUCAAACGUGUACUUGGGCGAACGCCUCGGCUUCGGCAAAGUCAUGGUCCUCGCAGCCUCAUGUCAAGUAAUUGCUUACUCCAUCGAGGCGGCUGCGCCGCCCUUCCCCGCGUUUGUGGCUGCGUUCGCCAUUAACGGCUUUGGGCUCGCCAUCCAGAACGCUCAAGCAGUGGGCUAUACCUCCUGCUUCAAGGACAAACCCGAAGCUCGGAUGGGCUUCAUCAUGUCCUGCUACGGUGCGGGCGCUCUGUGCGCGCCUCUUGUCGCAACCCAGUUCUCCGCUCUUCCGCGUUGGUCGUUCCACUACCUUGCGUCGCUUGGACUUGCUGUGGCAAACUGGGUCGUAAUGGCGGUGGUAUUUAAGGGGAAAACGCAGGACGAGUGUCUUGAACAGAUUGGACUCUCUACAGAAAAGGGUACGAGUGACCGCAGUCAAAUGCGACAGAUUAUGGCGUUGAAGGAUGUGCACCUGCUCGCUGCGUUUAUCUUGUUUUAUGUCGGCGCUGAGGUUACGAUCGGCGGGUGGAUCGUAACGUACAUCAUUGACGUUCGUGGCGGUGGCGCGUCUUCGGGGUAUAUCUCUACCGGAUUCUUCGCGGGUCUCGCAAUCGGAAGAGUGGGUUUGCUAUGGGUGAACAAAAAGAUCGGAGAACGCCUUGCGCUCUUCAUCUACGCCAUCCUCUGCAUCAUCUGCGAGCUCAUCGUCUGGUUCGUCCCCUCGCUUGCAGGCGAUGCCGUCGCGGUCGCGAUCGUCGGCUUCUUCUUCGGGCCGAUGUACCCGAUCGCGAUGAACCACGCGCGGCGCGUCUUUCCGCGCUGGAUCCUCACCGGCUCGGUGGGAUGGAUCGCAGGCGUAGGGCAAGCGGGCUCGGCGCUGGUGCCGUUCAUGGCAGGCGCGGUGGCUAGCAAGGCGGGGAUUAAAACGUUGCAGCCUGUGUUGGUUGGAAUCAUUGGAUUGAUGACGGCGCUUUGGGCGCUUGUUCCCAAGGGGGCGAGGAGGCCCGAUUAA